CCCCACGCUAGUUUGCGAUUUACGUAUGUUGUCGACUUGUCUGGAGAAGGAGGCUAAACUCUAGAAAAGGUUCAGUGUCAUUUGGUAAUCAUGCUGAAAUGUGUUUAUGUUUUARUUGAUCUUUAUGAAACUCAUGAACAGAAAUGAAUAAAGAUCACUCAUGGCUUGAGAUGGACCUGGCUUUUGGUUCAUCAAAACCAUACGGUUCCUCAAGAAGUAUUGUUAGGAGAAUAGCUGCCAAUCUCCCCAUCCAACCUUGCCCCAGGGUUCAUUUUCAGCUUUUCCCGUACAACGAAGAUACAGGUGUCCUAAUURGCACCAGGAAGCAGACCGGCCUGGUGGCCUCGCUUGCUGAUAUCGCUUGGAUCGACAGGGAAGAUGAAGACGACCACGAGGAUGAUGGAAGCCUUGUCAGAUCUCGGUCUGGGAUCCCACCGGGGCUCAUAUUUCGAGCCCAAAGGCCUCGUCCUCGGAGAAAGUCCCUCAGUCGUCAGAGCUCACUCCCCAACCUGCUUGAAGGAGCUUCAGACCCACAGGGGGCGUCGGCCACAAACGAUGAGGCAAUCCAAAAGAUCAGUGCUCUGGAGACUGAACUUGCUAAACUCCGAGCUCAGAUAGCUCAGAUUGUCCUGGUUCAGGAAAAAACUGCACAGUCUGCUGCUGCUACAGGGGGACCUCCUCCUCCUCCCACUUCUGGUACUCUUCCUCCACCUCCUCCCCCUCCUCCUCCUCCUCCUCCUCCUCUACCACCWCCAGGAAUAAAGCGGUCAUUUUCAGCCCUCGAUUUGAUAAAAGAGCGCAGAGGAAGGAAGGCGAAUUGUCCGACAGCUCCGGAGUCGAGGACGGCAGAAAUCCCCAACAUGCUUGAAAUUUUAAAGGACAUUAACAAAGUUAAGCUUCGAUCUGUAAAAAGUCGUCCAGGGGAAGACCAUGCCAAGGUGAAGCCACGUGAGCCAGCAGAUGCUGCAGGUCUCAUCGCUGAGGCCCUGAAACGCAAGUUCGCUCAUCGCUAUGGCAAUGGACAGGAAGACGAGGAUUUCAGACUUCCUGUCCCCGAGGUUAAACCGCAAACUGAAGCCCCUCUGUUUGGGCAGCACAUGUUGAAACAAACUGGAAAGAGAAAGUUUCUGUGAGACGAACCCGAGCUGCUGAUCCAAACCUUCUGCGGACUCUUUAAAGAUCCUUAUUGAUCUUUUCAGUAUUUGUCCUGCUUUAUUCUGGCCGCUCCAAACAUCAUGACAUGGUCGUCCUGACCGUAUUUUGCACUUUUGUAACAGCCUUAGGCUUUACGARCAUAACUUUCUGUUGCAACCUUCAACACUAUUAGAUUUUAUUUUCUCUUCAGUUAYUCAUUAAAUGUUAGUUUAAUUUGUUGCACAUGUGGGUGAUCAGUUGUACGCCCUWAUUUUGAAGGCUGUGGUUAAAAGCCAAAAAAAAAAAAAAACUCAUAAUGUGGAAGAAAGGAGCACUUUCUAACAUGUUGAAUUUCACACCAUUCAAUUUUAAGACUAGUUUAUAAUUUGAAGUUGGUUAUUCAUAAUUUUGUCAUUUCUCUUUUAACAGUGAAUGUUUUAGAUCUGUCAGGUACUAAUUGAGAAGUUUUCAGUCGAUUCCAGAGUCGCGUCUUGAUCAAGGUUUGUUGCAGUCGCCACUCUAGGAUGUUUUGCUGACUUAACAAUUUAUUUGUUUUAAUUUUAUUUGCCUUUUUAGGAGCCAAAGACAUUCCACUUGAUGUCCUGUAGGAGUCUUUGUACUGCUGCAUUUCACUUUUAUUUCCUCAUGUAAAUUAAGAAAAACUCAUUUGUCAUUUGUUUUAUCAGUUCCUACCUCUGAGUUCAGGAAGUGCCUUUUGUCUGUUCACAUUUCAAUUUAAAACAGUCGUAUUUAAGCUUUCAUGUGAGUAAUCGACACAUUAUGUCAAACUUUGAGAGAAAAAUCAGUUUUAUUUGAGGUUUUAUGGCAUUGCUGUUAWUUCAACAUUAAUAGUUUUUUUAAAAGGGAAAGAGGACAGGAUGUGUUGGAAAUGAUUUUUAAUUUAUUGUUUAAAAUUUUGAAGGAGUUGUCAAGUUUUCAAAGCUUUCAAUAAAAAUUGAAUUCCCCUGA